AUCAAGUCAUUUCGCAAAACAACAUCCGUUUGCUAACAUAUUUUGACAUUCGCAUUUAUGCAUUCAAAAUUACAGUAAAAUUUCCAAUCUCUUUGGCAUUCUCAAAAUUCUGGUUAAGCACAAUGGCUCAAGCUCAAAACGACUGUGAACGAAGACAAGAAUUAGUUCGCCAACUAAAAUGCGUAGUCGACGAAAUUGUUAAGGUAGAUUGCUCCAAAAAACCGACCCCUGCCUUUCGACAAUGCCUCAUAGCUGUGGAUCCGACGAGACAACAGCCGCCUGACGUUAUGGUAUGCUACAAAACCAAGUCUACGCCCCCAGUAAAUAAGGUGAAGCAAAACGUCGAACAGACCGAAAUUCUGAACAAGCCGAACGUUGUCGUAACGUGCAAAUCGAGGGAACUUCUCGGUGGUAUUUUGUACGUCGGCUGCGAUUGUGGCAAGAAGAACGGCUUGCAGGAUGAUUGCAGAAGAACGCAAUGCCAAGGCUCGCCGGCCUGCCUUGCUAAACCGGAACCAACCUGCUGUCCGAGCCAGUACUCUAAUGCAAAGCAUCUUGUGAGCAAAAUGUUUAAAAAUGAAAGUAAGACGAAAGGGCAGCAAGAGAAUGUGACGUCAGCUGAUGGUAAUGCGAAAGAUAACUGCAACGAGUACCUGUGCUUUCCUGCCGUUAUCGACUGUUGUGCGUGUUGUCUUUGAGAAGAUUUGAGCUUGUAAGCGUAAAAACAUGAAAAAUAUUGGUAACCAUUCGUGUAAAUAAAUAUAUUUGUUAACAAAA